GGUCUUUAUAGUUCUGUUAAGUUCCACAAAGUUUUAGACUAGGUUGAUGGAUAAGUAGCUAUCAUAGUCAAGAAAAGGCAACGAAGACAUCGGUUUGGAGGCGCUGUUUCUUAUGAGUUUGUCAUCAAAUUUACGCAAGGAGGACCUGUUUGGUUAACCUAAUAAACAUUUUUUUCUCUUGCGUCGUAUUUGCGUCAUGACUUCUAGCUAUGCACAUGUAAUGGACAGACAAGCAACCAUAUCCAGUAGACUGGAGAGUCCCAUUACAGCCAACCUGGAAAACCUGCAAGCCAAAAAGAACUUCUCGGUGAGCCACCUGUUGGAUCUAGAGGAAGCUAGAGAAAUGGUCGGCUCUCAUGCGGACGAAAGUGUUGGCGAAACGGGCAGGACUAUGCUGGAAUCUCCGGGUUUAACCAGCGGCAGUGAUACAACACAACAGGAGAAUGAGCAGCUGAACUCAGAAGAAAAGAAGAAGCGGAAACAACGGAGGAAUAGAACCACAUUCAAUAGCAGCCAGCUGCAAGCGCUGGAGCGAGUGUUUGAGCGGACACACUACCCAGAUGCCUUUGUUAGAGAAGACCUGGCACGCAGGGUCAAUCUCACCGAGGCUAGAGUUCAGGUGUGGUUCCAAAACAGACGGGCAAAGUUUCGGCGCAAUGAGCGGGCAAUGCUGGCCAGUAAGAACGCUUCACUUCUCAAAUCGUACUCAGGCGACGUAACAGCGGUGGAGCAACCUAUCGUCCCCCGUCCCGCACACCGUCCGAACGACUACCUGUCCUGGGGGAGCGCUGCCCCAUACAGAUGGUACCCAAGGCCGGAGGGAGGGCCAAUGCGAGUGCCACAGAAAAUGCUGCCCACAGAAACACCAUGGCAACCUACCCACCCUCUUGUGCCAACACCACUUCCACACAGGGAAUGAAUAUGGCCAACAGCAUUGCUAACCUGAGACUGAAGGCCAAAGAGUACAGCCUCAACCAGGUGCCCACUGUCAACUAAGCCUGAAACAAGGGACGAGAUGAGGGGACAAAGAGAAGCAAGAGACGUUGAGAAGAGAAGAACAAAGAGGAGCUGGAUUAGUUUGGCCUUCUGCAGUGUCAGAGCAGAGUGGAUUUGACUUUUCGCCUCCUCCUAAAACAAUGGAAUUGCAUUGGUGUCCCUCUCAUUUGGCACAGAUGAAGGUAUGUUUUUGAGAAACUUAAUCUCAUUUUGUACUGAUCCGAAGAUUGUAAAGACUGCGCAAGGUCUGCUCUUUGGAGAACAAAUCAACGAGCAGGACUCCGCUAAAUCCGUAAGAAGUAGCAGACAGAGCGUGUGGAUGUUGUAAGCUGUUCUUUCCAUGUUCUUUUUUUGGCUUUAUUUUGGGUCGAACCGGACGGAAAGUAAAUAUACUUUCAUGGCAAACAAUGGUGGACUGUUGUUCACCAUUCACCACUGAAUAGUUUAAAUUACACAAGAAGUUUAUUGCUGAGAUUUGGCAAAAUAGUGACCCAAAAUGUCUCCACGUCUACAUCCAUUAGAAUUAAGACAAAUUUGUGGACUUUAAUCAGUAAAAAUGAGAUGUUUAAAACUAUCAAUGCUGAUGGGAACAUUGGGGUCGGAUUACAUCCUUUAAUGUCUUGAAUAUUACACCACUGUUUAAGGUAAAUACUGUGCCCCAUGGUGACCUAUGUAUAUGCUCACAGUGCAUUAAUACAACUAUUUUUCAGUUUUUCAAAGGAUUAUAUGAUUUUUUUUUUUUUUUACCAAUUAUACUUUCCUUCUUAUAUUUGGAAACCAUAUGGUAAUAAAACAUUUCAAGCAAUAAAUCUUAUACUGUUGUGUUAAAUCCCGCAGCUGAAGAGGCAUGCAUAUUUGUUUUUGCUGUUUUUGUUAAAUGCUCAUAUCUGAGAAACUGUUGCAGGCAACAGUAUUAUUACUUCAACAUGACCUUACAAAAUAUAUCCGUAUGUUACAUUUCUUGCUUUAUGUUAGUCAAAACACCAAUGCUACAAAAUAAAUAAUCCAAAAUGAAUUUUGUUUCAUAUUAUAGAUUUUGAUGGUUAUCAGUGUUCUUUAAAUUGUGUCCGAUACAAUGUGAGAGAAAAAUAUGGUUUAAAAUGUAUCCUAUGAUAUAUUAAGAUAAUUUUUGACCUGUUCAAGUUUUUUGUAGGUUAAGUCUUUCUGUGGAAAACUCUAAGCAACACACCCGUGUUUUUAGAAACAAUUUUAGAGCAUCAUACAAUACUAUGCAAUGCCGCUGAGCUAUGCUUUUCUGGUUGUGUUUAUUCUGUCUAAACAUCUCAGAACUUUUUGUUUUAACAAAUGUUGAUUCUUCAUGGUUUGCAUAUUUACAAAGAAAGAAAAUGCCCCACCAAUUCAAAUCAAAUUCAAUUUAUGAUAUUUUUUUUUCAUAUGUUUCAAUUGAUUAUUCUCAAUUUAAUUGCAAAUUCAAUCAUUUAUUGACAGAAGCUGUUUACAUUGAUGGAGUAGUGUUAUAUUUUUCUUUAACAUAUGCACUGAACAUGUGUUACUCAAUAUGUUAAGUACAGAUUAGAUCCUAGAUCUGAUACACAAUGUGUUGAAAAUAACUUUUUGGGCAACAUCUGUAACUUUAUUUGUUUAUGUGUGUGCAUGUCUAUGACGUGAUCACUUUGGGGAAAUUUAGAGCGUUUAAGUUUAAAUCUGGUUACCAAUUAUUUCCUAUAUAAUACAAGUAGAUAGCCACAAUGGUAGGUAAUUGUCCAAAAUGUCCAAUGGUAAUUUUUAUGUCAGCAUGAUGGGAAGCGAAUCCCAGUUACCCCUAUAUUUCUACGGGGGAAAUAAAAUACAGAAAGAAAGUA